AUGUCACCUAGAGAGAGACAAUUAGCGCUUCUUUUUGCAUUAGGCUUAGUUAGUUUAGCUCUUUAUUUCAUCCCCUCUUUUUUAUACAUUGUUGGAACUCUCGUGCUUUGUGGCGUUGCGUGCCUCCUGUGUCGCGGACCGCCGCUUCCCGCCAGAUUAGGCCUCAAACCUCGGUCUGGACUGCGCGUUCAGCCCGGCUACCUUCGCCGCUUUUGGGACUGGUGGGUGAGCGACGUGUCUGUGUUGUCCCGGAGAAGGAACAAGCACGACGUCGGCGGACGUGAGCUACGCGGACCGUCGCUUGGAGCUUUUAGUCAAAGACCGGCUGACGCCGCUGUGUAUCGCAGGGGGCACAUUGCCAGCGACACGUUUCUUUUCAGCCCCGGGGACUUUCUUAUGGGGAGCUACAUUGCCAAAGCAGAAAGUCCGGUCGGCGACUUUGGGAGGCCCAGAGUGGUCCGCAACCCUCGGGAACAACUGCGCGAAAGGUUAUCCAGACCCAACCAUGCUGUCUGCACCCCGAAUCGAAGGCUGUCAUUUGCUGGGGAGCCAUCCAACACAGCGGGACACUUUACCAUCACCCCGCAGAGGCACUACCCUCUCCAGCAGCCAGGUACCUCUCCUAUGGGGGUCGUACCUCCUGCCAGUUGGGAUGGCUUUAGGAAGAAGAACAUCCUCACUCCCCGGAAUUCCCUGGCUGCCCGCAGUCCUGUCACUGUGAAGAUCGCCAGGCCUGACCACAGCAUCCCCAGCUUGGAGCACCUGAGUUGCGCUGCUGCGCCCAGGGCCCCAGAGGACCCCUGCUCCAGAGAGAGUGUCCUUAAGGUGUUGAAGGAUAGCCGCAAGCGAGAGGUCGAAGAUGCGAACGAAAGCUUCAUCGCAGAGCAUAGAAACAAGAGAAGGCGUAACGACAGCAGCGGAAGUGCUCAUUCGGCUUUUGAGCCCCUUUUGCCCAAUGGUGCGCCAUCACAACUGGUCCCCAAGCCAGGAAGCCUAAAACGAGGGAUCGUCUCAGUGGCAGAGGAGUACACAUAUAAAAGGUCCCGCACAUCCUCUGUUAGCUCUGCCAGCGGAGUCCACACCCCCGGAGGGACACUGGGUUCGAAGAGAAACCCAAUCCAAAGCUCCUACAGCUCAACACAGGGGCUCAUGCAGUUUAAGAAGCCAUCAGCGCCUAGCUCACCGAUGUCCAGCCCAUCUUCGUCUCGCUCUCAGACACCAGACGCAGCUGCCAAGAGACAGAGAGAGGAUGACUGUCUUUCUCCCAGCUCUGCAUCUUCAGUGCGAUCGGAAAGGGCCCCCUCGGACAAAGCAGCUAACACGUCCAAACAGACUCCAGUCUCAGUCACAACCUCAACAAACUCCGCUGGUAGUGGUGGGAACAGAAAACGUAAGAUCCAAUUGGUGUCCAGCAACCGGGAUGACCAAAUCACACUGCCCCCACCACCUGAGCUGGGAUACACCAUCACUGUGAAGGAUCUGGAUGAAGAGAAGAAGGCCGCCAUCAACAAGAUCCAGAAGGUUCUGGAGUCACCCUUACCUGAACCCGAAAAGUCGACUGCACCGUUGACCUCCACCACACCUGUCAUGUCUACAAUAUUAGCCCCAAAGACCACCAGCGCCACCUCCCCCACUCCUACCCUCACCUUGAGUAGCCUCCUGGCUGCUCCUCUGCCCAAAGCCUCCAGCACUGCCACCCCUGUAAUCAACCUGGAUCCUACACCUACCCCCACUGUUUCAAACCCACUCUUGGAGGCUCUGAAGAGAAAGAGUCCGAUAAACGCGACUUCUGCUGCCAGCACCACCACAGUGUCUGCAUUGACCUCAUCAGCACCACCUCCAGUCCUAAGCACGAAAGCACAGACCACAACAGAUUCCUCAAAGCCACUACCUGUCUCAGAGUCUCAGCCUUCUUCAAGCGGCUUGGGCCAGUCCUCUGCCUUCGCGCAGGUCUUGGGCCAGGUUUCCAAGCCCGCCAACAGCAAUCCAUUGCUCCCCAUGGCCAGCCCGUUCGGAAUGUUGAGCCAGGUCGAUGUUGCCGUUGUGUCGUCGGCUUCUAACCCCGCUCCGGUCACUACUGCGCCGCUUAGUCUGGCCACCCCUCUGCUGGCGUCGGGGUUCAAACCCAUCUUUGCUGUUUCCACCACCGCCUCUACCCCAUCAACUAUCACAUCCCCAGAGAGCAAACCCCCUGUCCAAACCUUCAAGCCUAUAUUUGGAAGUAGCUUUGCUCCGCCACCCUGCACGUCCUCCACCAGCACAUCCACAGUUGUUUCUAGUACCACAGGGGCUGGUUUUGCACCACCUCCCUACACAACUUCGGCCACAACACCCAUAAGUUCCUCACUAUUCGGUACCGCGACAAGCAGCGCUGUAACCGUGUCGCUCUUCCCAGGAUUGACUCCCACAGCAGCAACCACCACGACCUCCGCCACAACCAUCGCAAACCCCGCCGCACAGCCAGCCGCAAAAUCCAUGUUCGGAGCCUGGUCGGCGCCAUCCUCAACUAGCGCGAGCACCACCUCGGUGCAAGCUCCUACGACAGGAUUUCAGUUUGGAGCCGUCACCACGACAACUGCAGCACUACCAGCCGCAGUCGCUACCACUGCCCCUGCCCUUACUACCAGCGCCUUCACAUUCGGAGCCGUACAGCCAAGUACUCAGGUCGCUGGCCAGAAUGUGUUUUCGUUUGGCCAGACCACCGUCAGUCAGAACACAACCACGGCUUCUUUUGGAGGUUUUACAAUGGCAGCGGCCACCACUGCGAAUGCCACUACAGCGACCACGAAUCAAGCCACGUUCACCUUCGGAAAACCGUCGUUUCUGGCCACAGCACCCCAGGCAACCUUUAACUCCACGACAGUCGCGUCUAAACCGUUUACCUUCGGAGCGAGCGUAGCACCGGCGGUGUCCGCGUCCAACCCCACCCCGACGCCGUUCAACUUUGGGGGAGCCGCGGCAGCAGCGCCUGCCGCUGCCACUGUGCCAUCCAGCUUCGUGACACCGACCAAACCAGCAUUCGGGGGCGGCUCGACCGCCUUCGCAUUCGGUGGUACCACUGCACCCUCGGCGGCGCCCAGCUUUGGCCAGGCCGCUCAGACUCAGAGCACGCCAUCCUUUACGUUUGGUGGCGCCGUUCCUCAACAGACGCCAUCGGGCCCUACACCGCAAGCUUCCGGCGGGUUUAACUUUGGCGCUGCCGUUUCGCAACCACAGUUUGGAACACCUGUCGCCAAUAAUCCUGCACCGCAGAUGGGGAGUUUCAAUUUUGGGGCUGCUGCGACAUCUACGCCAAAUUUCGGUCAGAACGCUGCUGCAGCCGCCGGUCUGAGUCUCUUUGGAAGUCAGGGUUUCAAUGCUAGUCCCUUUGGUUCCACAGCAACUCCUUCUUUCUCCAUCGGGGCGGGCCCCAAAGCGACAGGGGCGCGGCAGAGACUGCAAGCGCGGAGACAGCACAACAGGAAGAAGUAA